ACAAGGGAAGGAUUUUGUCACUUCAGCACGAGCUCUGCUCGUGGGAAGAUGAUCGCGGCAUUCGGGCUUUUCAACCAGAUAGUGACUCUGACACUGAGCUUAAUCCUGGUUGUUUCUGCCCAUAAAUCUGCCCCCAAGCUGACAUCUAACUUGUACCACACACUCCUCAAGUCCAAGUGCUUAGUGAAGAAUAAUCAGCAGCAUAUCUGCCAUCAGAUCCAGCAACCACGGUGUAGACUGGAGAUUGUAGAGAGUGAAGAACUAGUGGUUGAGAGAGAGUGCAAGAAUGUUGUUGAUAUUGUCUGCAGUGAUCCAUCUGAAAUUGAAGAACAUCAAGAUCAAACACAUGAUUUUCUUCUCAAACGAGCAGAGCAAGCUGUGUAUCUUCCUGAACAUGUAGGAAAACUAAGCAUAGGUCCUCAGCUAGAGUUCUAUGGACCAUAUCUACUUGUUGAUCUAAUGGCUCAAGGAGUAUGCCGAGAAGUGAGUGUAGAGAAGUGCAUAGAGCGCCCAGUGUUAAGAUUAGUUAGUUUACCUGUGGAGAACUGUCAGCUUGUUCCUAGCCUGACCUGCUCAGCUAGUAGUCAACCUGCAGUCUGUCAACCCAAUCUAGUUUCUUAUGCAAGAGAAUAUUCAGAUUACUUUAGAUACAAUUAGAGCUACAGUGAGACCCUUAAAUCUGUGGAAUAAGAAGACGACUUUUUAACAUUUUAAAGUGAAUUUGAUGAUGUCAGAACCAGUAGUUUUGAAAAUUAACUUAUUAUAUUCAAUGGAAAAUUAAAAACAUAAAUCGAAUCCAACAGUCGUCUUCCU